GUUGCUGUAGCGAGCGGUGCGGUUGCCAGGCGCUGGGUCAGUGUGUGGGAAGUGCUGAAAUAUCUCAACGUCACUGCCACCGCCGCGGUCGAGUACUGAGAUACAAUUGCCGUGUCUCAUAGUUGGAUAGUUGAAGAUCAAAGAGGGAAAACCUGUCAAACCAACGAUAUAGCUAUCUAUCUACCGAAAGUCCUCGAUACAAAUCGCGGAAAUAAGAAGUUCCUAGUUUCGCUCUGGUUUCAAGUAGUUAGCAGUUGAAACGUUUUUUUAGGUAGCUUCACGUUCACGUUAGGUCGCCAGGUCAGCUGUAUUUAUUAACACGUUGUUGUAUUCUUUAGCUAUUUCGUCGGUCUUGAAUAACGAUUGGGGUGAUUCCCAAACGUAAAGUAUUGCUAGAUGAUUAUGGAGAAGAAGAGGAUGGAUUGCCCCUCUCUGCCACCGGGUUGGAAAAAAGAAGAAGUGAUCCGGAAGUCAGGGCUCAGUGCUGGCAAGUGUGAUGUGUAUUACUACAGUCCCAAAGGGAAGAAGUUCCGGAGCAAACCCCAGCUGUCCCGUUACCUCGGCAACACGGUGGACCUGGGAUGUUUUGACUUCCGAACGGGCAAGAUGAUGAUGCCCAGCAAGCUGCAGAAGAACAAACAGAGGCUACGGAAUGAGAACCUCACCAUCAACAAG